AUGUAUUACACUGAAAAAGUAUUACUAUUUUCCACAUUUAUCAUCUAUUCCCUGGAACGCAGAGUGGAGCCUCCGGAUUUCGAACGUAGCUGCAAUGCGAGAAGAGGCGGAGAUUGCGAUCCUUACGCAUGCGAUGGAGCAUGUGAGGCACGCUUUAUUCGGUUUGUCGAGCCAAAUAGUGGCGCCGAUCGGACGUUGAAGAGUUGUCAGUGUCACGAGGAACGAAUAUGUCAAAUGAUUGCUGCUUAUACAUAUGAUGGUUGCAGGAGCUAUAAUCAAUUAAGCAAUACAGGGCAGGAAUUAAUCCGUUUAUGGACAUAUGAUCCAGAAGAAAAAACCGCACGCGCAAACUCAAAGAAUAUCACGAAAUAUGAUGACGAAAGACAUCGCAUUCUCCUUCGUGGUAAUAGUCGUUUCUGCUGCCGCACACAAACGGGACGUAUUCAACCCAAGCCCGAUUACCCGCAAGUCACCCUAAUUCGCGGCCCACAAAAAUCCUUCUACGAUGCAUUGACCCUACAGCCAGACUCUUCCUCCCGCCCCGGCCAAACCGCCGUGAUCCUUGCUCUUUGGAUUCUUUCAAUUUUUGCU